AUGACACCCGAGCGGCUGGAAGCAACCCUUCGCCGUCGCUCACAUCGGUCACGCACUCCUUUUCUUCCUCCUGUGUCCACAUCUCGCGUCGGAUUCUCGCGUCGUUCUCACUUCGAGCGGCACGCACGAUCCAGCGCAAGAGUCGGGCUCCCAGAUGCCGAGUACAACACCGCUGAGGAUCUGGCAUAUCCCCCAAAAUCUAUGAUUAAUAUCGCUGGCCGCAAGCGUCAUGCAACCGCCAAACUUUGCAACGUUCUAUGUACUUACGUACUAUCGUGUAAGCUUGUUGAGCGUGUCCCUGAGCAUCGUAUCACCGUUACGACCAUGGACCCGGGUCUUAUGCCAGGCACGGGAUUAGCACGGGAGGCAAACAAAUUCGAUAGCUUUCUUUGGAACUCAGUUCUGCCAUAUAUACUUGGUCUACUUCGCCUGCUUGUAUCGCCGAAUGUACAUACACCAGCGGAAUCGGGUGCUGCGCUUGCCAGACUUGCGAUCAGUGCUGAUGUUGAGGGUACCACGGGUAAGCAUUUUGAGGGACUUGAGGAGAUCAAGUCGAGCUUAGAUAGUUAUUAUGGAACUGGACAGUCAACCAUUUCGUAA